AUGAAUGUUGCACGUAGUGCUCACACAGCAUCGCUUUUGACAAAUGGUUCGGUACUAGUCGCAGGUGGAGGGGUCAAUAGCUGUGAAUUAUAUAACCCACUGACAGGUAUUUGGACAACGACAGGAACUAUGAGCACCACACGAUCAAGUCAUACAGCGUCCCUCUUACCGAAUGGUAUGGUGUUAGUUGCAGGUGGGUAUAACGGUGGUAACUUCCUGAAUACUGCUGAGUUAUUUGAUCCAUCAACGAACUCAUGGACACCGACUGGAAGUAUGAAUGCUGCACGAGCAUUUCACACAGCAACAACAUUGUCAAAUGGUUCCGUGUUAGUUGUAGGCGGAUGGGGUGGUGUUAUUAAUGUUUUUCUUAGUAGUGCUGAAUUGUAUAAUUCAAUAACGGGUACUUGGACACAACUAAGUAAUGCAAAUGGUCCUCGGACUGAUCACAUCGCAUGCAAGUUACUAAAUGGGAAGGUGUUAAUUUCAGGUGGAACCAAUAGUAGUAAUGUUCUAGCCAGUGCUGAAUUGUUCGAUCCUUCACUAGGCACUUGGACAUUCACAGGAAGUAUGACUUAUAGUCGACGAUAUUAUUCAGCGGCUGUCUUAUCAAAUGGAACAGUAUUAGUUGCAGGUGGAGUCGAUAAUAGCGGUACUACUAAAAACAGUGCUGAAUUAUAUGAUGCAUUAACAGGUACUUGGACAACAACAACAAAUAUGAAUACGAUUAGACAGUGGCACACGGCAUCCGUCUUGUUAGAUGGAACAGUGUUAGUUGUCGGUGGAAGCGGCGGUAGCAGUUAUCUGAACAGUGCAGAAAUAUAUAAUCCAACAAAUAGCACUUGGACAACAACACCAAAUAUGACCAUUGGACGAAAAGAUCAUACAGAAACUGUCUUAAGCAGCGGAACAGUGUUAGUCGCGGGCGGAACGGAUAGCAGCGGUACUACUCUCAACACUGUUGAAUUGUAUUGA